UUCUUCCUUCUUCUUCUUUCCGUCCCGAUCUCCUCCCCCUCCUCUUCUCCUCCUCACUUGAAGCGAGGCGGCUCAUGGAGUACUCGGGAGGAGCCGGGUCCGAGGUCGACGGUGCCGGCGGCCGGCCAACAUCGCCCGCUGCUCGGCCUGUAGCGGCCGAUCCCCCCUUCUUCAUCAUCCUUCUUCUCUUGAGAAGGGAGGAGGGCGGCUCCCCCUCACGGAAAAGGUCGACCGCGACUGGCGGCGCCCACGGUUGAACCCGUCGCCGCGCCCGCGGCGGCCGGCUUCCUUCUGUUCCUUGGUGGAAAUGGGGUGUCGAGACCACCCUCUCGAAAGAAAGGGGCCUCCGGCCCGCCGCAGUUCCGACCGAGGGCCGAUAGAGCUUGCAGUUGGAGCCGAAGGCUCCUCCCUCGUUCCUAUUGGGGUAGGGGAAGUAACCCACGACCGUGGCCAUCGAUGCAGCCAUGGCAGCGGCCGAGCUCGCUGCGACCAAAGGAGCGGAGGAAGAGCCUCUGGCCGUCGACGGCUGCGGCUGAGUAUGCCAGGGAAGAAGAAGUCAGGGACUUACCUAGCUCUGGGACAACUCUAUGAUGUUCCCUCCGGCGGCUCAGAUCCCUACUCUUCCGUUCCUUGUAGCAGGAGAGAAAAAGGAGUGAGGGGCAGUGAGAGGUGAGGAAUGAAACAUCCGUGAGAAGAGCCCCUGGUUCUUAUGGCACUCGGUGGGGAGGAAGAAGAGUGGUAGUGAUCGUGGCUGUCAGGCAGUUGUAACCGCCAGACAGCUGGCGAUUACCGCCUCCAUCUUCUUCCCGAAAGGCUACUUGGAUUUUCAGAUGGGCCAGCCAUGUUGGGCUUGGCCCAUUAGUCCACUGUGUGUGGGCUGGUCCUCACAGAUAUCACCUCUGAACAUAAGCUGGAAAACAUAAAGACCUUUUCAUCACAUACAUGCCUGCCAAAUUCGACCCAAAAUCGACAUGAUCAUCAAUUAAACAUGCUUCAUCCACACAGAGCUAUAUAAAAGUGGGACACAUAUUUGGCUCCAUAAUGCUAAACAGGUCAUAUAUGCAGCUGCAAAACGCUAAUUGAGCCACAUAUACGGCCAAAUGGUGCUAAAUCGAGUGCCUUUUCGGUCCGUAUGCAUUAUGACCACUUAUAGUAACUACAUAUAAGCAAUGCAAUGCGGUCAGAGAUCUGCACAUGCAUACGCAGCCUUAUGCGCCAUUUAUAUCAUUUCCAUUGAUCUGAUAAGAUAGUAUUAUCAACUAGAAAACAGGAAAGAAAAUGGGUAAAAAUUAAUAAGGUUCAGGAUAAGCAGCUAUAACAGGCUUCCAAAUAUUUUACAUACCAAAUUAAAACAAAAAAUAGAACAAUCAGGUCCUACAUGCAAUACAAGUCAAAUGAUAAUGCAUUGCAAAUGUGCCCGAGAAAUGUUAUUUCCCAAUAACAACUCAAUGAUGUGCUAAUUUCAACAGUCUGUCAUUUCUAUAUUGUAACAGAGUCCAUCUAACUAAAUGUAAACAACAAGCCUUCUCACAUCAUGAAGUACUAAUUGAAGAAUACAAACGAUUAUAGUAAUUCAUACCAUGAUGCCCAUGACAAAUGAUUUCAAAAAUCUUAUGAAAUCAGACAGAAACAACAGAAAAUGGAAA